AUGGAAAUAGGAGAGGCCAUCUGUAUUGAAGAAAAGAAGAACAGCAAUCGCAUCUGUGGUUCCUUCCUUCCCACUGAUGCCGCCAACGUACCCAUUUGGCAUAUGCAAGUCAUAGGCCCAGAAGGAUUGGAAGUGAUACUUGAAGGAUUGACAAUCUUUGAAGAAACCGAGUCUCCUAAUUCUGAAAGAACUCCUGAAUCGGGAAACAUGGCAGAAGACCAGUAUGACACCGCCUCAGUCAAUGACUUUGCUAACCGGAAUCUGAGGGGUACUCAAUCUUGUAUUCGAAUGCCGGAGUUUCAAGCACAUACUUUUGAGAUCAAGCCUGCCAUGAUCACAAUGCUUCAAAUGAAUGGUGUGUUUCAUGGUCUAUUCAAUGAAGAUGCUAACAAGCACUUGAUGUCUUUUGUGGAAGUAUGUGAUUCUUUCAGACAAAAUGGGGUGCCUAAAGAUGUCUUGCGCUUGCGGUUAUUUCCAAUUUCUCUACAAGACAAGGCUAAAGAAUGCUUUAAGCAAUAUCCAGAGGAACAUCUCUAUGCAGCUUGGGAGAGAUACAAGAUGUUGAUGAAGAAAUGCCCUAAUCAUGGAGUGGACAAAUGGGUAGUGAUUCAGAUUUUCUGUAAUCGUCUGAAUCCAUCUUCGAAGGCCAUGGUUGAUUCUAUCACAAAUGGGGGAUAUCGGAAUGUGCCUGUCAAUGAAGUUUUUCGCCUCUUAGACCAAUUGUCUGCGAACAACACUCAAAACACGGAUAGAAGGAAUACAUCAAUGGUGACUAGUGCUAAAGAUGAUUCCUCUUCCCAGAUUGUAUCCAUCUUGAAUGCAAUGAACAAGCGUUUUGAUGUGUUGGAAUCUCAAAUGCAAAGGGGAAAUUCUCAUAAUGUGCAUGCUGUCCAAGCCAUUCCAACUGUGUGCAAUCAAUGCAAUGAUAUGCACAUGCCCGAUCAAUGUCCUCUUUAUAUGACCACUGAGUCUGUCAACUAUAUGGGCAAGUUUCAAAACCCUCACAACAACCCUUACUCUCAAACAUACAACUCAGGAUGGAGGAAUCAUCCUAAUUUUUCAUGGAGUCAAGGGAAUUCUUCAAAUCAACCUUCAUCCUCUAAUGUCAAGCCACUUCACCCUCCGGGUUUUCAAGCUCCACCAAAGCCAAUGCCGGUUAAAGAAGAGGAGUCUAGAAUGGAAAAGAUGCUAGCACAAAUCUUGAGUAAUCAAGAGUCUGCAAGAGUUGAAACUAAGGCAACUCUUACUCUUCAUGAUACCGCAAUCAAGAACCUCGAAGUGCAAAUGGGGCAAUUGGCUUCACAAAUGAAUGCUAUGUCAAGAAGUAAUCUCCCUAGUGACACCAUUCCAAAUCCUAAAAGGGAUGGUAAG